UUGACGAUUGCCGGUUACAGUUUUAGACAUUUUUAUAUUUCUAAAAAACCAUUUUCGCUGUAGGUGAUAUUUCUCAAACAAAAAGAGAUCCAAUCAUCGAGACUCAAGACUUUCUUUUUGAAAAAAAAGACUUUGUGUGGAUCGUUUUCUUUCAAGUGAAAAACACCACAAAAGAAACUCAACUGCAAACCAAAACCGUCAUCAACGGAAAUUUCAUAUUCAAAAUGGAGAAUACUUUGGCGAUUUUCGUUAAAAUGGCAGUCAUAGCGCUGUCAAUGCUCUUAGCAUCGGUAACAGCAGCAACUACAAUGGAGAUACCUGAUUCCGUCACCAGUCACUCAACGACCACGAUGUCCACUUCUGGAGAGACCGAUCUUACUGCAAUGUCAACCGCAGACGCCGGUCAUGCCGGAACGGAUUCUAAUACCAUCGGUAUGGGCUACGACACAACUGAUUCCUCUUCUACUGGUCACACUGGCACGGAUUCUAAUACCACCGGUAUGGGCUACGACACAACUGAUUCCUCUUCUACUGGUCACAAUGGCACAGGUGAUAUGUCAUCAACGAACAUAACCACCACCAAUGAGCCUGGUAACAGUACCGGCAGCGGAACAGUCAGCAGUAGUGGGGCAGCCAUCGAUAGCGGGGCAAGCACCGAUAGUGGGACAGGACAAACCAUCAUGCCGACGACGACCAUGGAUAUCCUUACCGUCGGCAAUGCCAGCGAUGGCAACAUGUCCGGGGCCUCCACCGAAGGCACAGGCGGUGAGUGGCACAAACGCGAAAUAAACAAGCAUGGUAUCACAUAG